AUGGCCCUCCUCAUCACACUGUGCAGGGGAAUCUUUCUUCCAGUGAUGAUCGCUAUACUUCCACUACCACCGCAGAUCACGCAAUUUUUUCCUCGCCAGCUCGUGUCGGUACUUCAAUGGUUCGCUUUCUGGGCAUUCUCUGCGCUUCUAAUCAUACCAUGGCUAUUUUGUGUCAAUAGAUUCGUGAUUCACUCCUUAGGGCGAACCAAGAGGGUGAAGGAGGCUUUAGAUGACCGCACCGCACCAAAAACCGUCAUUGUCAUGCCAGUAUACAAAGAAGACCCCCUUGUUCUGAUCAAGGCAAUUGACUCGGUCGUUAAUAGCGACUAUCCCAGUUAUUGCAUUCAUGUUUUCUUGUCCUAUGAUGGGUGCAACAUCGAUGAACCUUAUCUCCAUGUGAUCGACCAUUUGGGAAUUCCGAUUUCGCUGGAGAGUUACCCGCAAAGCAUUGAUGUGACAUAUCAUGGGGCAAGGAUCACUGUUUCAAGAUUCAAGCACGGUGGCAAGCGUCAUUGCCAGAAACAAACCUUCAGGUUGAUCGACAAGGUAUAUGCCGACUAUCUAAAGCAUAAUGACGACCUAUUUUUGUUGUUCAUCGAUUCAGACUGCAUUCUUGACAAAUUAUGCCUGCAGAACUUCAUGUAUGACAUGGAACUGAAACCAGGGAGCCAGCAUAAUAUGUUAGCGAUGACAGGAAUCAUCACUUCAACCACAGAGAGAAAUUCCCUGAUAACUGUUCUACAGGACAUGGAAUACAUUCACGGGCAGCUUGUUGAGCGUACCGUGGAGUCCGGUUGCGGCGCUGUUACCUGCCUUCCGGGAGCACUGACAAUCCUACGAUUUUCAGCUUUCCGCAAAAUGGCGAGGUACUACUUCGCGGACAAAGCUGAGCAAUGUGAGGAUCUCUUCGACUAUGGCAAGUGUCACUUGGGAGAAGAUCGCUGGUUAACGCACUUGUUCAUGAUCGGGGCGAUUGAACGCUAUCAAAUUCAGAUGUGCACGAGUGCUUUCUGCAAGACAGAGGCGGUUCAGACAUUCUGUAGCCUGCUUAAACAACGACGUCGAUGGUUUCUCGGCUACAUAACCAACGAAGUGUGUAUGCUGACCGACGUCAGACUGUGGAAACGCUACCCACUAUUGUGUCUGGUGCGCUUCAUGCAGAACACAAUCCGGACGACUGCAUUGCUAUUCUUCAUUUUGGUAAUCUCGAUCAUAACAACUUCCAGCAAGAUUAAAAACCUGCCUGUUGGCUUCAUUGCAGUUUCGCUCGGUCUCAAUUACAUCCUUAUGGUUUAUUUUGGGAUAAGGCUCAAACGCUUCAAAGCCUGGCUCUAUCCCCUAAUGUUCAUCCUGAAUCCGUUCUUCAAUUGGCUUUACAUAGUGUACGGCAUCUUCACUGCAGGCCAGCGAACGUGGGGCGGGCCUCGAGCUGACGCAGCCAAAGCUGAUGAGCAUACUACACCAGAGGAAGCGGUCGAGAAGGCUAGGGUCCAGGGGGAUGAGCUGAAUGUUCAGGUAGACACCUUUCGAACGAAAAUAGAAGAGAAAGGCGUUCCCAUCCGGCCUUCAUCUAAGGUCAAUGGUCGCCUCUCGUUUGCGCCACAGCUUCCAGAUCGGUAUUACGACUAUCAGGGCGCUCUGGGGACCAGUCUCGCCAAAUACCUGACCCCUCUUCCAGACGUGCCUCGCAUCGGCCUCCACCCACAUUGCUCAUCUGACUCGGUUGCGACAUCCGAUUCUGGAGGCAAUUCAAUUUCCUUGCCCCAGAAUGUGGAAUCCUUGAUGAGCGCCGGGGAGCGGGCCAGACUCUCCAUAAGUCGCCCGGCGCAGGAAGACACCGGACUUCUACACACACGGGAGGCAGAUGGUGGAGAGCAUGGCCUGUAUGUGCAAUCUAACGAGGACCCGGUAGACAACCGGGCGUAUGAAUUGCAUACCAUUGAGUCAGAGAGCAAUGUCCCAAGCGGAAAGCCCCAGGUAUCGUCAAGUGUUCCACAAUCAAUGAUACAGCAAUCUAGAGCUGUUCCUGGGUCUCAGCCCCAUGGGCACUUGCCACAGCCAAGAUACACCAAGCGACCUAGUAGGAUUCCGAGGCAGAAGAAGGGACAUAUGCAACCAGAACAAAUGGUUUGA